AUGUCAUCAGUAAGACGGCCAUCCCUAUCAGAACAGCGAUAUAUCAAUAGUAAAGCCACAUGGCAGAAGGAUAAGGAAAUAACCCAGUGUGGUAACUGUCAUAUUACUUUCACAUUUUUCCAAAGAAGACAUCAUUGCCGAUGUUGCGGAAGUAUAUUUUGUCAAAAUUGUACAAAUAAUUUUGUUCGAUAUGAUAAAAAUAAAGUUCAUGUGAUUAAGAGACCUGAUUCCACAAUAGAGGAAUUUGCACCUUAUAGAACUUGCAAUUCUUGCUAUAAUAACCUAUUACAUUUGGGACUUAUUAUAAAUACGCAGUCGUUUGCUCCUUCUUCUCCUUCUUCUUCAUCACCUUCCAAGAAACGUAAUAGCUCUAGUGAUGUUGCAUGUCAAAAUACAUUAGACGAAGAGUCCCUUUCACCAGUUAAUAGUGAUACUAAUUCUUUGAACGUCUCUAAUGUGACUGAAUUUCCCAUUAAUAUGGAAGAUACAACCAUAGAAAGUGAUGCAUCUAACAGAGUUGCUUUUGGUAGUACACAAACACACACAAAUAAUGUCAAUAAUGUAUCAAGAAUAGAAACUGCCGAUGACAAUACUGUAAACUAUGUCCAAGAGGAGGAGAAUGAGGUAGAAGAAGACAACGAAAACGACGAAGGUGUCGAAGAAGAUGACGAUAUGAAUACUUGUCCUAUUUGCAAUAUAAAUUUUAAGAAAGUUUCUCCUAAACACCAUGAAAAUAUUAUUGAACUGCAUGUCGAAGAAUGUAUAAGAAGAGCAGAACGAAUACAACAACAUCAUGAUAGUCUUCUAUCUACAGACAAUAGCAAUGAAAAUAAUGAAAAUUGUAACAAUAAUAACGACUCAACAUGCCCAACAACUAGGAAUAGAAUGCUUGUAUAUAAAAUACCGUAUCCAAAGAACAAGAACGACAAGCUUUCUAUAAACAGUAAUGAUUAUGAAGAAUGCCCUAUAUGUUUUGAACAAAUGCUCCCAGGUGAGAAAGUAGGCAGACUAGAAUGCCUCUGUGUAUUCCAUUAUCAUUGUAUUAAAAGUUGGUUUGUUAAGAAAUCACAACAGGUAGCUGCUAUUGAAGGUAUAAACAAAAUUGGCAAAAAUUUCUGUCCUUUACAUGACGCUAUAUUCUAA